AUGGUCCGCUCGCCGUCAGCCCGAGACCGUCUCUGUGGACGAGGGCCCCUGUGGCCAGCUUGUCCCGUCAGCAGCUGGCCGGGGACAGUGCCCUCCGAGCAUGCUGAGCCUUCUCGGGAUGGCUGGGCUUCAGCCUCCGCGAAGUUCCUGCUUGGGAAGGAGCCUCGCUGCUCCAGUUGGUCUCGGGGCGCCUUAGGGGUCAGGGCCGGGAAUGACCUUUACUUUGGGUGCCGGAGGGCCAGCUCCCGCGUCCUUGGCGCCCCUCCCUUCAGGCACCUGGCAGGAUGCUCUGAACCUCCGCCAAGGGCGCAGGGGUGGGAAACGCCUGCCAUGAGCCAUGGCGGCCACAAGAGGGCGCCAUUUGUCCUGAAAGCCCAGGCGUCUGGCUGGAGUCGUGACUCCCACCUUCACCCCCCCAACCCCCGUAACCCCCGACACCCACGCAGGCUCGCGGUCAUGUUAGUUCCUAGUCGCCUGGCGCCCGCUCCCCGGGCUCCGCCACCCGCCCCCGCGCGGGAGCUCUCGGGGCGGAGGCGGCGCGCGCAACGGCGCGGGGGCGGUGGCGCCGGGAGGGGCGGGCGCCGCGCUCCUACGCAAGCAGCCGCGAGAGGGGAUCCUGGGCGCAGGCCCCGCCCCCUCACGUGCCCGCGGCGCAGCGCCGCGUGCGGCCCGCGUGACCGGCUGGCUCCGCCCCGCCGCAGCCGCAGCUUGGCGCCCACGCGUGGGAGGGAGGCCGCGGCGGCGGGGGCGGUCGGGCGGGAGAAAGUCGCCUCCUGCAGCCGCACCCUUGCCCCCGGCCCCCGCACUCGCGCGCCCCUCUCCGUCCUGAAGUUGGAGGCCAGGGUUGCUGACCUCCCAGCUAGCCUGGAUUUGGGGGAGGAGGUCUCCCAUCGCUACUCUCCAAACCCCUGA